AGGACAUGGGCACAGGUUUUUGUUUUAAAAAAAACCUAGAGAUAUAACCAACUUUCUUUCUUCUUCCUGGUUUGGAAUUUACACGUUUUAAGAGGGGGCUUUCCACCAACAACUCCUUACUCACUCAAGGCUGAAUGUCAACACUACGCUAACUCUGAAUGAAAUACCCUUUUUUCGGCUGAGAGAAACCAUCGGAGGAGAGGAAUCCCUUGUCUCAUUUCUGUGAGUCACAAGCUGCCACCUAGAGCUCUGACGGUCCAUUAUCUACACGUCCAAACAAGAAGUAGCAAGCUAGUCGUGUUUACUUCUGUUGGGUCGCCAUGGAGCUUCAGAAGAUGACUAACGGACACCACUGCAGUGACCUGAGCCCUGAGAAGAUCAUUCUGGAGGACGGGUUUGAAGGAAUGGAAGAACGUGAGGAGUUCAUACCUCAUGGAACAGAGGGUGGAAAGAAGGUGGUUCAGUUCACAGAUUUUGAGGGGAAGACGACUUUUGGGAUGUCUGUGUUUAACCUCAGCAAUGCCAUCAUGGGCAGUGGGAUCCUGGGUCUGGCUUAUGCCAUGGCCAACACGGGGAUUGUCCUUUUCAUAAUCCUGUUGACAUGUAUUGCUGCUUUAUCCGCAUACUCAAUUCAUCUGCUUCUGAGAAGUGCUGGUGUAGUUGGAAUACGGGCGUAUGAACAGUUGGGGAACCGGGCCUUUGGAACCCCGGGAAAAGUGGUGGCAGCUUUAAUCAUAACAAUGCAUAACAUCGGAGCCAUGUCCAGCUACUUGUUUAUUGUGAAGUCGGAGCUACCUCUGGUCAUUCAAGCAUUUGUAGGAAUAGAAAACAACACUGGAGAGUGGUACAUUAAUGGAAACUACCUCAUCAUCAUUGUCAGCAUUGUGAUCAUUCUCCCUCUCGCUCUCAUGAAACAGAUUGGUUACCUGGGAUACACCAGUGGAUUUUCUUUGUCCUGCAUGGUGUUUUUCCUCAUUUCUGUGAUCUACAAGAAGUUUGCCUCUGAAUGUGGAUUAUCGGAGAUGGACAGUCACAGUCACGUCACAGGGGCUUAUCCGAAUAUUACAGAUAUUGCAACACACAUGGUCCCCACAGCAGGGCUAAUGUUGACAACAGAAGGCCCUACAGAAUUGACGACAGUCACUGACAGCUUGACAACUUUGCUGCAUACUGAGGGGCAGGACUACAUAGAAAAUGCCACAGACUUCCUGUCCGACUUGAUGAAUGCUACAUUUGCAAUGACUACAGCUGAUGGACACACGGAAGCGACCCUUGGCCUCACCACCCCUAGCCUCACAACAUUGGGCGAUCUUGUGACAACAACUAUAGCGGACGGUGAACUUCCUUCGCGCCUGGUCUCCGAGGAGGCGCACCCUGUGGCAGAGGACCACUGUCUGGCUAAAAUGUUCACCAUCAACCUUCAGACAGCCUACGCCAUCCCUAUCGUGGCUUUUGCUUUUGUGUGCCAUCCGGAGGUCCUCCCCAUCUACACAGAGCUGCGCAAUCCAACCAAGAAACGCAUGCAGGGUGUUGCCAACAUUUCAAUAACAGCCAUGUUUGUCAUGUACCUGCUCACCGCUCUCUUUGGUUACCUCACCUUUUACGACAAAGUGGAAUCUGAGCUUCUGCACGUCUACAGUAAGACUGACUCCUUGAUCCUCUGUGUACGCUUGGCUGUGCUGAUGGCUGUUACUCUCACUGUCCCGGUCGUCCUUUUCCCAAUCCGCAGAGCCCUGCAGCAGCUGUUGUUUCCUGACAAGCCUUUCCAGUGGGCCCGCCACAUCAUCAUAGCCUUGUGUGUGCUAGUUAUUGUCAACAUCCUGGUCAUCUUCGUGCCCAACAUCCGAGACAUCUUUGGUUUCAUCGGAGCCACUUCCGCUCCCAGUCUCAUCUUUAUCCUACCUGGAAUAUUCUAUCUGCGCAUCAUUCCCGAGGAACAGGAGCCGAUGAAAUCCAAAUCAAAGAUGGGGGCGGCUGCUUUUGCUGCUCUUGGGUUCAUCUUCAUGAUCAUGAGCAUAUCCUUCAUCAUCCUCGACUGGGUGACAGGAGAGAAACACAGUGGGGGAGGGCACUAACCACGCAGCCAGCAGCAACACCUGUCAAUCAGGAACACUCCUACAUACCACCCCCACACCCCCACCUCCGUCCAAUCACCCUCAGGACUCCUUGAGCGAGUCAGACAGGAGGCGGAGCACAACAGCCAUGGCAACGAUUGGACCAAGUAACAAAUGACAAUAACAGGCUUCGCCGAUACCUGCAAAAAGCUGUCAAACUAACCUAGCUAAAUUCUCCGGUGGUAUAUUUUUCAUACAAUACCAAAAACUGUGAAGAUAAGUGUGUGUGGUAAAGUGUGUGUGGUGGGGGCAGGUACAAUCUCCAAGGCAACAUACCUGCAGUAUUAAACCCCUGACUUGCUAUGUAGGAUGUGGAGUUCUCAAAUGAACACAGCAAUGCAACAACCAAAAAGUUUUCACACACUACACAGAUUUUGUCACAAUGGAUUGUUUUAUGUGUCUAAUGUAUAUAAAGAACUUGAGUGGUGGACAUCCAGAGUAAGCAUGGGAAGCUAAAGGGAUCAUUUGUCGAUGAGCAACCCUGCAAAAAUAUUUAUUAAUGUAGGAAGAGGUCUCCUUCAUUGCCAAAAACAGACAGUAGGCUUCACCUCAGAGUGGUUUCUUCUUUCCUAUAUGCGCCCCCUCCUCAAAUAGUUCCUUCACAUAGGGAAUGUGAAGAGAAGAGAGACUGUCAUCAGAAGGAACAAUAACAACAACAAAAAAAUCCCAGACUCAUCAUGACAAUUCAAGUGAAUUAAAACUGUGCUGGCCGGGUCAAAUCAGUAGACCAAUUUGAAAUGCUGUAUUUAAGAGACUUUUCUUGCCAUUCAUCCUUUUGGGAAGUAUUCAUAUUUUUAACUAAUUUGUCAAAUUAUUCAGGUUAACAAAAUAAUUUAUGUCCUCUGAGUUGUAAGGUUAACUAAUGAGCUGACAGCUUAACUAAAGAGCUGACUGUAAUAUGUAUUAAACUGAAGCUUUCCCAUGGGUAUAAAAGUUGUAUCUAUUGGCCCCUUGAUAGCCCCGUCACUCUUUUUUGUAUAUCAGAAAAUGAUGCUGAAUCAUUUUUAAUCAUUUCAUCCUUGUGUUGUACAUACUGUAUAUGGCCCAAUAGUACCUUAGAUAUUUGUUAAUUUUGUUAAUAAUAACUAGAAUGUUUUUAUUAAAUCCAUCCAUUCCAGAAGUAGAGCAAGAGCCUACACUUAACACAUGUCAUGACAGACACUUGGCAGUGGUGACGACAUCGUAAACUUUACAGUUUAUUGUCUGUGUUGCUAUACCACUGUAAACCACAGGGAGGAGCCAUUUGUAUCUUGUCUAUUUUUCUGCCAGUAUUUCUUUUGUAUGACCAGGUGGGACAAUAAUGAAUAUUUGUCGAGUUCUUUUGUUAAAGUGUGUUAAUUUAACAUUGUUGUUGUCAUUUAUUUUUUUGAAAAUUACAAAUAGCUUAAUCUAAUCCCAUCUAAUUUGAAUGCAAUUUUUCAUUUGGAUUUUUUGACAUUUAUUUUUUUAAUAUGUGAAUUGUUAAAAGAACGAUAAUGUAUAACGAUCCUGAUGUACAGCGAUUAAAUCUGGAUUAGGCAGACCAAGUGCAGCAGAAUGUAUUAGUGCAGCUCAGCCGAACCCUUUGUCACACUCUUUCCCUACCUUAGGCCUACCUGAUUCCUGCCCUGCAAAACCUCCAUAACGAAAGCUAUGUUCACAAUCAUCUAAAGGGCUUUAUCUUGAAAAUCAGUCUAUUUGUGUCAAUGUGUUUUUUGUCAAUUUUUUGUUCAAUAAAGACAAAAAGUUUUGAACAUG